UUCUAACUACUGUGGCAACUCCUCAGUAUUUGUGUAUCUGUAGUGGGAUUUUAUUGCGAGGCAUAACAGAAAAUAAAAGCAAGUUUGACAUCGACUUCGGAGCGCUAUAGAAGUAUCUACGGUGAGCAGCGCAACUUAAACCAGCGCCCAAGCGCAACAUCAAGUUGCGCUACAACUAAUCAAUCCUAUAGCAAAACAUGUAGUAAAGACCACAAAUUGUGUGCAAAUAUUCAGUGAAUCUUAGUGAAAUCCCUAAAUUUUGGUUUGCAAUGUAGUUAUUUAAAAAAUAUGAAUGAAUAAGAAGCAGAAUAAGCAAUAAUGUGCAGAAUCCAUAUCAUAUAUGUGGUCAUAGAGAUAGCAAAAUGCACAGUGGGUGUUGUAUAAUGGUUGUGUGCAUGUAUUUGCUAAUGAAUGUGCAUGUGAAGUGAAGCGGGGAUGGUUGCGAGAUACAUCCAAUAAAUGAAACUCAGAUGAAAUCAAUGUGCAGUGUUCUYACCGAAUAUCAGCAAGACAUGAACUAUAAUUCAUAAGUAAUAACAAUAUUAAGAUAAUAAUAAUGUUGUCCAAUUAUGCGGUAAUAAGGUAAAAUCGCCGAAAUACGAAAUAAGAAAAGAGUAAAAUUGUAUCUCUGCAUAUAACAAAUGAAAUCAUACAUUUAAUACGCAGAAAUAACUAGGCAACAAAUUAUAACACGUGUCGCAAGAAGACAAGGCUGUUGCAAUUGCAACUCGCCAAUCGAAAUUUCUCUUUUCCCGUGUAACAAACCGAACGUCCGGCCUAAUGAAAAUGGUAGAUAAAUCAUCCAAGUUGGAUAAAUUUAGCGCCAACAUGGGUGUCAGUGGCACCGGUGCCGGUGGCAGUGGUGGGGGUGGGAGUGGUGUCAACAGCGGUUUUACUACUGGCGCUAGUAGUCUAUUGCACACCGSUGUUGGCAGUCAAAACGGUCAGAAGCCGGUGCCAAUGAAAUUAUUCGCUGCUUGGGAAGUGGAUCGCACACCACCAAAUUGUAUGCCAAGACUGUGCUCGUUGACAAUAACGCGCCUAUCCAUACUGACACCAUUGCCUGGUGAUAUGACGUCACUAACGUUGGCUGUCAAGAUGCAGAGCUCCAAACGCACGCUACGCUCCCACGAGAUACCCAUAAACAGCAGUGGUUUUACGCAAAGUGGCGCUUCCGGUGGGGCAGUAACCGGCUCGACUGCCCCCAACAGCGGUGGAGGCGGCGCUGCUGGCAACRUUAUACAGCAAAGCAACUCCGGAGCUGCGCUUAUCGGCGGCAGCAGUGGCAGCGCACAAAUGGGUUCGGCCAUAAUUGGCACACCCGGAAAUAUUGGGAACACGGGCAUUGGCAUUGGCGGAAGCGGCAGCGGUGCGUCCCUGACGAUGGGCGGUUUCGCCGCUGUCGGAGGCGGCGCUACUACGAUGCCACUGGCAGAGACUGAACUAGAUCUACACUUCAGCUUGCAGUAUCCGCAUUUUAUUAAGCGCGACGGCAAUAGACUGGUUAUAUUGUUGCAACGACGCAAGAAAUACAAAUCACGCACCAUCUUGGGCUACAAAACCCUUGCCGAGGGGAUUAUACGCAUGGAUGCGGUGCUGCAAAAGUCCAUGGACAUGACGGUCGAACUGACGGCGAGUGGCAAGAACGGUCGACCGGGCACCACGGUGGCGUGUCUGCGCGCCGAACGCGUCUCCUCCAUUCCAGUUGAUCAAGACAAUAAGAAUAACAAUAGUGUCCUUCUAGCAGAUCGCGUUGCUGAAUAUUCGGACGAAGACGAAGAAGGAGAAUUCAGUUCUGGUGAGUUCAACGAUGACGCCGCGGAGUUGGGUAUCCCCGGUUACGAUCCCAAGCGGGACUACAAUCCGAGCAAGCACGACAUGCGCAAGUACCGCAAACUGCAACGUUCCGAGGUGGAAGACGUCGCUCUUGGCACCAACCCAGUGGAUAGUGACAGUGAAUUCGAGAUGAAGGACAAGAGCUCGUCACGGGCGAAGAUCAGUCGGACAAUUUCAUUACAACAACGUAAUUUCAAGCAAAAAAUUGUCGCUUUGCUGAAACGUUUCAAAGCCUCCGARGAGUUGGAGGGUGAGGUGAGCCGUGGCACCGCAGCUCUUCGUGGCGAACGCGAUUUGGACGCACUCUUCCAGGAGCUCGAAUCACUGUCAUGCUGCGAGGGCGACGAUUCUGGUCCCGACAUGGAYAGCUUGUCCAUUGGGUCGACACCGAAACCUUCGCUACGCCCAUUCUUUACCAAUUCGCGGAUCAUGUUGCACGACAAUAGCGCCGGUGGUGGCAACUUUGAACGCAGAUCAUCGGAUAAAAGCGACCAAUUGACCAAUUCGUCAUUCAAUUAUGAUAAUACUAGACAAAAAUGCAUUCAUUUAACAAACAAUAACAAUAAUUCGGCAACAACACCAGAUCGUCCGACGGAGUACCGGAACGACAGCUCUGGCAAUGAGGGCAACGCUUUCAAUACCGAUGGCCAGAACUCCGAUCCACAGAACAGUCCGCCACGUAGCGACAAGGACUACAUGCGUUUGCAGUUAUUGCAACAACAACAGCAGUUGACUCCAGUGAGCGGUGGUGGUAACAGCGGCAGUGCUUUCACUUUCAGCGAGAAGCGUUCGCGGCUAUUCCGAACAUCGAGCAAUACACCAAGUGGCGCUGGCAGCGGCAGUGGCGGCGGUGGUGCCAUAAGCAUGGGCAUGGGUAAGAAAAAGCAGACGCUUAGCUUAACAGCUGAGCCGCGUUCAGUAUUAGAGACAUGUCUGUCGCCAACAAAUGUGGAACCGCGAAAACUGUUGCUCGAUCAAUUGAGCCGAAUAUUCGCCAGUGAGGACAACAAUCUUCCCGAUGUGGUCACAAUAAUCAGCCCCCCUGAAGCGCUAAGUGGCAGUGCAUUAAUACCUAAACUGACAACGCUGUUGGCGAACUCCUUCAAGCCAGCUUUUGUACCGCAAAAUACGGCGGAAGUGAAGGCGGUGCUGCAGGCGCUAAUGGGAAAGAUACAAAAAUACUGCAAYUCGAAUGCRAAGCCACCGAACACGGUGAAAAUAUUGCUGUUGGGAGGCGAUUGGCUGCAAGGCGCAGCCUUACGGCAUUACGUCGAGCUGAUGGGUGUACGUCCACCGGAUUGGCUGAAUCAUUUGCGGUUCUACAUUGUGCCGAUCGGCAGCGGCAGCACAAUAGCGCGUUAUCUCAGCCAGGUGGAUUUGACAUAUGGUGCCAUGUUUGGUUCGGACAAUUGGUAUCAAUUGUGCGAGCGCGUAGCGGCGACUGCGGCGGCGGUUAGUGCCGUAACGACGGUGAAUGCCUCGGCGUUGUCAACGACGCUCGGCGACUCGGUCACGGCGAAUAAAUCGGAUAUUGUGGAGAUGGUGCAACGCAUACAGCGUUAUCUACAUGCCGCCGGACCGUGCACUCAAAUUCCCAUUGGUGAGGCUAUGGUCAAUUACAAGGACGAGGAUUCACGUCAAAUAUUCGUGCCAUUCGUUAGUGAUGUGCGCAUUGGUUACUUGGAAGGUCCACAAGUCUCACUUGAUCUUGAAGAGAAUGCCACGCAAGCUGGCGGCAAUACUGGCGCACAGCAGUCGCUGCAUAUGACCAGCGCCAUACCCAUUGGCAACAGUAAUGCCACGAAUUUAACUGGCGCCGGUGGCGGGGCUGGAGGCAACARUGCACCAUCUGGUUCGCCACCCCAGAGCGGCAGGAUCUCACCGCCUCAGCAAACGCCACCCACGUCGGCGAAUGCGCUCCGUGAUCGUGGAGGUGAUUCGAUUAACACACCCUCAGCGCAGUCGAAUGCCGUUUCUGAAUCGGUGGAGCUGCAAGUGGAUUAUUGGCCCAUUAUUCGACCGGGAGACUACAUGCCAAAGGAAAAAAGUAUCACGCGUGGCGGCGACCAGGGUGGCAAGAGUAGCAUUAAAAGUACAUUUAGAAAUCUWCAGGUUUGGCGGCUACCUCAGAACGCCCAAUUAGGCGAAAUGUCCCACGGGAUGACAGUGAAUUUCGCGACCAAAGAAAAGAAACAAAAACAAAUUAUGCGUCUAGGCAAGAAAAARGAAAAGGACCGUGAUCUCGAAAAGGAGCAGUGCGUCGAAGGUGUUGCGCGUUUGAUUUGCUCCCCAAAACCGUCGCACCCAGUACCGUUAAGAGUUUUCAUCGACGGCACAGAAUGGACUGGUGUGAAAUUCUUCCAGUUGUCUUCGCAAUGGCAAACACACGUAAAGAAUUUUCCAAUUGCUCUCAUUGGUUGUACGCCAAUGUCUUGUUCUGAGAUAUCCUAGUCAUUUUAAAAACAAUAUUUAAACCGAUAAAAUCUAAAAAAAAAAUAUUUAAUAAUCAAUGUAAUAAUUYUACUUAUAUAAUAGCAGAUAAAUAUGCAUACAAACAUGUAAUAUGUAUGUUGGUUAUCAUAUUGUACGUAGUACCACUGCUACUUAGUUCAAUAACUUAAAAAUAUUGUAUUAUAUAUGUUUGGAAAUAGACYUACACACACAUCCAACACACAUCCACAUUCAAAAGGCCUUCGCAUUUGCGUUUAAAGUCUCUAUUGUGCAGAGCCUUGUGCUUUCGGGACAAAAUAUAAUUUUUCUAAAAGACAGUUACGAAAUUCGAAGGCAACCCCGCAUCUUUUGUUUAAUUAAGUCCAAUAACUUAUACAAUACCUUUAACAACAAUUUGUGGCAUCAAUAUGGUUGCCCCAACCCUUUUGCUUGUCCAUACUGCUAUAUAAAGAUACACUUGCUUAUAUAUUUUUAAUUUUUAAUCCAUGUAAACGCGUUAAGAAACAUAUACAUAUAUAUUUUAUUUUUUUAUUGUGUUUUAAUGCCAAUUUAAGUUUUGCGCUGAUUGUAAAAAUAAACAGAAUAAUAUUUAAUAUUAAAUGCGCUUACUUAUAUAACUCGUAUGUACCGAUCUACAACUUAAAGGAAACUAAGUGAAUUGCGAAACUAAAUCAUGCUUGCUAACCGUAGAAGUAGUUCGACAUAAAAUACACAAACACAAUAGAACAAUGGUAGCUAAUGCCGACAAUGUGUUAAGUGCAAUAUGAAACUUGAGCUCGAGAUACAAGUAAGGCAUACAAUUUAUAGCUUCCUACUACCGCCAGCCAUAUUGUAAUACUAAAUGUUAAAUACAAAUACAGUACAUAUACAAUUUAUCAGAAUUAUUGAAGUACAGUUUAAACUCAUAAGUGAAACGUAAAUUAACAUUAAAAUGCCACCGUGUUCAGUGCGCURCGGUGACUGAACUCCAACGAAUUUCCAUCAAUAAAACACCUGUAUCCGAAUAUUCCUUAUUAAAUAUUAGAUAUUAAAUAAACAAAAUACAAAUCGAACAUGUUAUGAAUCGAGAUAGCAUAAAUUUCAUAACCGUUGACAAUUCUACAUAGAAAGCCGGACCUUUUGAACUCACAGUGUGUAAUGCGAAAGAAAAUUAUGAAACGACUCAACAAACAAUUCAGAAGUUAUUUAAACUCCUGUUAUGUUACUCUUUUUAUAUAAAUUAGUUUUUUCUUAAAUUUCAAUUUUACACUUCUUAAUUCGGCAUCAAGCGUGUCUGAGCCGAGCUCUCAUUCAAAAUCAUCGUUUAGAAACUGACACGAGUUCAAUGCUUAGAAAUAUAAAUUUCUCUAUUUUUGUUAAAAUUUUAAAAAUACACAUCACAAAUUAACAUCCCCAUUCUAUUAACUGUGUCUAAUAUAAGCGUUCUUCCUUAAAAAUAGCCCAGACAGCUAAUAUACAUUUUAUCCUGUUUUUUUCGAAUUUAUUUUUAUAUAUUUUUUUAAUAUCGUCAGAUUAAGAGACUGCAGAAACUAAACUCACUCGUUAAUUUAGUUUUUUAAUCAAUUUGAGUUUGCAAAAACAAAAAUAAAUUAUCACACGCCACACUCGAAGUUUAAAUAACUCGAUUGACUGGCUGUAGACUAAGGAACACCAAUAAAGAAUUGGCAUGCAUGAAUGUGAAUUCCUUAAUUGAAAGGACUCUAAUAAAUUGUAAAGAAACUCUAAUUGUUGUGAUCUAAA